AUGGAGACGAUGAUUCGCUGUGCGUGGGAGAUUGCUGACGAAGAGGCGGAAGGAGCGGUGGAUGAUCAGAGAGGAAUGAGGAUGUGCGAGGAGAUCGAAAAUCAGAUAGUUCUUCAUGGGACAAGUACUUGCUACGCUCGGCGAGGUAUAUGGGAGACGUCGAACGAUAGUGCAGGAGGUGCCAGCCUCUUACUUGGAGCCAUUCAUCAAAACUGUUACGCAACGAAAGUUCAGUCAGUAGAGCAUAAUUUGCCUGAGACUGUCUAUAAGAAAGAAUACCUUGCUGAUCUUAUGGAUUGUCCUCAUAUCAUGAGGAACGUUGCCAUUGCUGGCCACCUCCAUCACGGAAAGACUACUUUUUUGGAUUGCCUUAUGGAGCAGACUCAUCCCGAGUUCUACCGUGCCGAAGAUGCAGACACUAGGUUCACAGACACGCUUUUCAUUGAACAACAACGGGGAUGUUCCAUCAAAGCUAUGCCAGUGACAAUUGUAAUGGAAGAUUCACGCCUGAAAAGCUACCUUCUAAACAUCAUUGACACACCGGGUCACGUCAACUUCUCCGAUGAGGUUACUGCUGCAUAUCGUCUAUGCGAUGGUGUUGUGAUCGUUGUCGACGCGCAUGAGGGAGUUAUGAUGAAUACCGAGCGUGCAAUCCGCCAUGCUGUACAGGAACGUUUACCCAUCACCCUUUGUGUGAACAAGAUCGACCGUCUCAUUUUGGAGUUGAAAAUGCCACCGGCUGAUGCAUACUACAAGCUACGACUUGUCAUUGACCAAGUCAACGGAUUAUUGCAAACUUUCUCCGAAGACGAUACCCCUGUAUUGUCUCCACUUCUGGAAAAUGUCAUCUUUGCAUCCGGACGCUAUAAUGUCUGCUUCUCUUUGCUAUCGUUUGCGAAUAUCUAUGCAGAACGAUACGGCACUAUUAAUGCUCGUGAAUUUGCCCGACGAUUGUGGGGUGACAUCUACUUUGACAAGUCUACUCGAAAGUUCUCAAAGAAGCCGCCGUCUUCGACUGCACAGAGGUCUUUUGUCGAGUUCAUUUUGGAGCCGCUGUACAAAAUCUUCAGUCAGGUUGUUGGCGAUGUUGACACUUGUCUUCCACACAUGAUGUCAGAAUUGAAUAUCAGAUUGACAAAAGAGGAGCAAAAGAUGAACGUGCGACCUCUGAUCGCACUUAUUUGCAAGCGUUUCUUUGGCGAUUUCCGAGCCUUUGUCGACUUGGUCGUGAAAAACAUCAAGUCACCUAUUGAAAAUGCUAAAACAAAGGUGGAGCAUAUUUGGCUUGGACCGGCCGAGAGCAAACUUGCUGCUGAAAUGGCAAAAUGUGAUGCUAAUGGACCUCUCAUGGUUCACACAACAAAAAAUUAUCCUACAGCUGAUGCUACAUCGUUCCGCGUUUUGGGACGUGUCAUAAGUGGCACCAUCGAGAGCAAUGCGGACGUUCGUGUUCUUGGAGAAAACUACAGUAUCCAGGAUGAGGAAGACUGUCGCCGUUUAACUGUGGGUCGACUAUGGGUUCACGUAGCCAGGUACCAGAUAGAAGUGUCGCGUGUACCAGCCGGUUGUUGGGCUCUCAUAGAGGGAAUAGAUCAACCGAUUGUGAAAACUGCCACCAUCGCUGAGUUGGAUUAUGAGGAAGAUAUGUACAUCUUCCGUCCUCUAAAAUUCAACACUAAAAGUGUAGUGAAGAUGGCGAUUGAACCCAUAAAUCCUUCUGAACUUCCCAAAAUGCUGGAUGGUUUGAGAAAGGUGAACAAAUCUUAUCCACUGCUGACCACACGUGUCGAGGAGUCUGGGGAACAUGUUCUCCUGGGCACUGGAGAGCUUUACAUGGACAGCGUUAUGCAUGAUAUGCGAAAGGUCUUUUCCGAAAUCGAUAUCAAAGUGGCUGAUCCCGUCGUGACGUUCUGUGAGACUGUGGUGGAAACGUCUUCUCUGAAAUGUUUCGCCGAAACUCCUAACAAAAAGAAUAAAAUUACUAUGAUUUCCGAACCUCUGGAGAAGGGUUUAGCUGAGGAUAUAGAAAAUGAGGUUGUUCAAAUUGGAUGGAACCGUCGACGAAUCGGAGAGUUCUUCCAAACAAAGUAUGAGUGGGAUUUACUUGCGGCUCGUUCCAUAUGGGCAUUUGGGCCUGAUAUUGCUGGUCCUAACGUAUUACUAGAUGAUACUCUUCCUUCCGAAGUUGACAAGCAAUUACUGGGCACAGUACGCGAAUCGCUCGUUCAAGGAUUCCAGUGGGCAACCAGAGAGGGUCCAUUAUGUGAAGAACCCAUCCGUAAUGUAAAAUUCAAAAUGUUGGAUGCUGUGAUUGCCAAGGAGCCUUUGUACAGAGGAGGCGGUCAAGUAAUCCCUACAGCUCGUCGAUGCGCCUAUUCCGCUUUCCUUAUGGCCACGCCUCGACUAAUGGAGCCCUACUUUGUCGUAGAAGUUAUCGCUCCUGCUGAUUGUGUGUCUUCCGUUUACACAGUGCUGGCAAAACGAAGAGGUCACGUCACUACGGAUUCUCCAAUACCUGGAUCGCCAAUGUAUUCGAUCAAGGCCUUUAUACCUGUGAUGGAUUCCUUCGGUUUUGAAACAGAUUUGCGUACACACACCCAAGGGCAAGCAUUCUGCAUGUCCGUAUUUAAUCAUUGGCAGAUCGUUCCCGGUGAUCCUUUGGACAAAUCAAUAGUGAUUCGGCCUCUUGAGUUGCAGCCGACUCCACACCUCGCUAGAGAGUUCAUGAUCAAAACGAGAAGGAGAAAAGGCUUAUCAGAGGAUGUUUCCGUUAACAAAUUCUUCGAUGAUCCUAUGCUGUUGGAAGCUGGCCAAACAGCAAGACGUGUUCAGUUAUUCAGGAUUCUAAUUCUGAAAAUAUCAGCGUUUUCGUUGAACGUGGUUAUGUCACCGUUGAGCUAUUUGUUUGUUGAUGUUGUUAACGACCUCUAA